AUGCAGCAGUUGCGCCGGCGGCCACCGCCCUUCGCUCGGCAAGAGCCAAGAGGAGUACUACUAGUAGAUCGAACCCGCCCCCUUGCUCGCUCUGCAGACACCAAGAUCGCCCUCAUGUCCGGAAAUCGUCAGCGGCAAUGCCUGCGAGGCGUCGCGGGCGGCGACGACGACGUGGAGCUCGGCGCCGCCAUGGCUCUGGCCGACAUGGCCGGCGCCGUUGCAGCAGCGCCGCCGCCGCCUCAAGCUGAGAGAUCCUCAGGCGCCCAUGGGGACGGUGACUAUGGGGAAGAGGAAGAGGCGAGCACGAGGCUGAGCCUGGAGCUGGGCAAGGUCGGCGUCCAGGGCGCCGCCGCCGCCUCGUCCGCCUGCUCCAGCGCCGGGCAGCAGCAUAAGCAAGUACUCCCGGCGGUGGCCGCGCCGGGUGCCGGAUACGGCGCGAGGCCUCGGAAUAGCGCGCUGACGGAGGCGGAGAAGGAGGCGAAGCGGCUGCGGCGGGUGCUCGCCAACCGGGAGUCCGCCCGCCAGACCAUCCUUCGCCGCCAGGCGAUCCGAGACGAGCUGGCGAGGAAAGUCGCGGACUUGGCGUCGCAGAACGAGAGCAUGAAGAAGGAGAAGGAGGCGGUGAUGCAAGAGUACCUGGCGCUGCAGGAGACAAACAAGCAGCUCAGAGAACAGGCACGGUCCUUUUCGUUAUUCUAA